AGCCCAUGUUCAACUUGCCUACUUUUUUUUCUUUUCUUUUGGCGGAAUAUUGAUCACACAGAGAUCUGAGCGAGCUUUGAAGUAACAAUGGAGUAUCGGAAAAUCAAAGAUGAGGAUGAUUCUGAUAUCGAGAGUAGUUUGAAGGGAAAAUCUCAUUCCGUUGCGUCGAGUAACGUUGCUCUGGGUGGUGGAUCCAACGAACGCACAAACUGGAAACGAAAGGGUGUAGUAACGUGUGCACUGACUAUUCUCACGAGUUCUCAAUCGAUACUCAUCGUCUGGUCUAAACGAGCUGGCAAGUAUGAGUACAGUGUUACCACCGCCAACUUCUUGGUUGAGACUCUGAAAUGUGCGUUAUCUCUUCUUGCAUUGACAAGGAUUUGGAAAAACGAAGGUGUUACUGACGACAAUAGGUUAAGCACAACAUAUGACGAAGUUAAAGUCUUUCCCAUUCCCGCAGCUUUGUAUCUUUUCAAGAAUCUCUUACAGUACUAUAUUUUUGCGUACGUUGAUGCCCCAGGCUAUCAGAUAUUGAAGAACCUCAACAUCAUAAGUACUGGUGUCUUGUACAGAAUUAUACUGAAGAGAAAGUUAAGCGAGAUUCAGUGGGCAGGAUUCAUUCUUUUGUGUUGUGGCUGCACCACUGCUCAGUUGAAUUCAAAUUCUGAUCGUGUACUUCAGACAUCGCUUCCUGGCUGGAUGAUGGCAAUUGUAAUGGCUCUUUUAAGUGGUUUCGCGGGUGUGUACACAGAGGCUAUUAUAAAAAAGAGACCUUCAAGGAAUAUAAAUGUACAGAACUUCUGGCUCUACGUCUUUGGGAUGGCUUUCAAUGCUGUUGCCAUAGUGAUCCAAGACUUCGAUGCCGUUGCAAAUAAGGGAUUCUUCCAUGGUUACUCAUUUAUCACAGUACUCAUGAUUCUUAACCAUGCCCUCAGUGGCAUUGCUGUAUCAAUGGUGAUGAAAUAUGCAGACAAUAUUGUGAAGGUUUAUUCGACAUCAGUAGCUAUGCUUCUCACCGCGGUUGUCUCUGUAUUCCUCUUCAAUUUUCAUCUUUCCCUUGCCUUCUUUUUGGGUUCAAUGGUCGUCUCUGUUUCAGUAUAUUUGCAUUCCGCCGGGAAGCUACGAUAGUAAAAGAAAGAUCCGUCACUAUUGUGUUGAAAAUUGCAUGCUUAGAGCAAAAGGCAACACUAAGAGAAGAUCCAACCGUGAAGACUCGGAGACCGGCGUACUUGUUAAAUUUUAUAUUAAUCCUUGUCUUUGCUUCAAAGCCAACACUCUCUCCCGCUUGUAUAUAAACUCUAUGCCUCUUUUCUCUUUUCAUAUCAUCUCUUCUUCCUCUUCCUCCUUCUUUC